AUGGCCAAUCACUAUUAUCAUCAAAGCAAUGUCAUUGCGGUAUCAACACCGUCAACAUCUUUGAACUCACUCUCUCCAUUGUUGCUCAGAGGAAAUCAUAGUUUCUUCAGAAACAAGAAGAUUGCUCUGGAGAGAUCUCUUGUGUUUGAAAGAAAAUCGACAGGAAGCUUGAGAAAAAACAGAGGAGGAGAAUACGCGGUGGUUGUUGCUUCAAGCGGCAACGUCGCGGCUUCUGAUCUCUGGGAUUCAUGGAAACCUCAGAAAAAUUCUUCGGCUCCUUCACUCAGCGACAUCCUUUGGCCUUCUGCAGGAGCGUUCGCUGCAAUGGCGAUAUUGGGAAAGAUGGAUCAAAUUUUAGCACCAAAAGGGAUUUCAAUGACGAUUGCUCCUUUAGGGGCGGUUUGUGCGGUACUGUUUGCUUCACCCUCCUCUCCUGCUGCUCGGAAGUACAAUAUGUUCAUGGCUCAAAUAGGUUGUGCAGCGAUUGGUGUUGCUGCGUUCACUCUAUUUGGGCCUGGCUGGGUUGCUAGAAGUGCUGCCCUUGCUGCCUCCAUAGCUUUCAUGAUCUACACACGUUCAACCCAUCCACCAGCUGCAAGUUUGCCGAUUCUAUUCAUCGAUGGAGUUAAUUUACACCAGUUGAGUUUCUGGUACGCUCUUUUCCCCGGUGCAGCUGGAUGUAUCAUUCUUGCUUUGAUCCAAGAAGUGGUUUGUUACUUGAAAGACAACCUCAAGUUUUGAUCUCUAUAAACUUGGAUGGUCGCAAUUCCACUAGACAUAUUGGAACAAGGGGUUUUCACUCUGCUUCUGCUCACUGGCUUACUCCAGUAUUGGGUGAAAUAUUGAUUGAGAAUGCCCAGAUCUGUAAAAUAACAAAUCAAUCAUUGUAUUCAGAUUGCCAUUUAAAUCCCAUUAAAUAUCUAAAUAAAUAAAUAGUUUGCUU